AUGGGUUUUGCUCUUCGCAGUGCUACAGGUACGGUCAAGCUAUUGUCUGGCCAGCCAAAAGAAGGUGUUUCGGUUGAAGCCCGGUCUGUGUCAAAGGGUUACUAUGAGGAGGCAGUAACCGAUUCAUCUGGAAGUUAUAGGCUUAGAGGGCUUUUACCCGAGACAACCUAUGUAAUUAAAGUAAUAAACAAGGAUGGCUUGGGUACUACUAGAAUUGAACGUGCAUCGCCAGAAUCUGUUGCUGUUAAGGUUGGACCAGGGGAUAUAAGGGAUUUGGAUUUUGUGGUCUUUGAACAGCCAGAAAUGACCAUUGUAAGUUGCCAUGUGGAAGGGCAGAGAAAGGAAGAAUUACGUUCACAGCUUUUGGUUGAGAUAAAGUCAGCAAGUGACUCAUCCAAGGUUGAGUCCGUCUUUGAGCUGCCAGUGUCCAACUUCUUUCAAGUGAAGAAUUUACCUAAGGCAAAACACCUUCUGCAGCUUCGAACAAGCCUGCAAUCAAGAACCCACAAAUUUGAGUCAGAGAUUAUUGAGGUUGACCUUGAGAGGACAGCCCAAAUUCAUGUGGGUCCACUGAGAUACAGUUUUGUGGAGGAUCACCAGAAACAGGAAUUAACUCCGGCACCAGUGUUCCCUCUCAUAGUCGGGGUUUCAGUAAUUGCCCUUUUCAUUAGUAUGCCAAGAUUAAAGGAUCUAUAUCAAUCCACUGUGGGAAUACCGACACCAGGAUUUAUGACAACUGCUAAGAGGGAACCCAGAAAGCCAGCUCCCCAGAUGGUGAAUAGUGUUCUGUACUUUUGGUUUGUUUCCGGUCGGGGGGGACGAAAGAGGAGAAUCCAAAUGGCUUGUGUUAUGCUUUGUCCACCCUCCUUCAACUUCAGUUUCGACCCCCCAAUGCCUUUGCUUUUAUCUAAUAAUCGUAGCAUCCUACGGAAGGCAGGGCUAUUUUCGUAA